GAGACAGAGAAGGAGGCAGAGAGAGAGAGAGAGAGAGAGAGAGGCUGCUCCUCAGUAGUUCCUCCUCUCAGUCAGUCUGACAGCAGCAGCCUGUUUUUUGUCUCCUCCGCGGUGGUGAAACUCCAGCAGGUAGUGACAGCCAUGUUGGCGGUGUGUUUGAGGCUGCUUUUGCUCCUCCCCCUGGCGUGCUGCGUCCCCUCCCCCUCCAGACCUCCUUCCAGACUCUGCAGGCGGUGCUGCGACCAGUCGGAGCCGCCAGCAUCCACGAACCAAUAUCAGAUGCCCGAGGUCCGUACCGUCAUCAACAUGACCAUCCUCAAAGGUGAUAAAGGAGACCGAGGAGACAUGGGUACACUUGGCAAGCCCGGCUUAGAGGGACCUCCUGGUAACCGAGGACCAUUUGGCCCUAAAGGCACCAAAGGCCAGGCGGGUUCCCCCGGAGACGCCUGUAAGAUCCCUCGCUCUUCCUUCUCGGUGGGACGUCGCAAGUCCCUGCACAGCAUAGAGUACUACCAGGCGCUGGUGUUCGACACGGUGUUCGUCAACCUCCACGAGCACUUCAACAUGUUCAAGGGAAAGUUCUACUGCUACGUGCCGGGGAUCUACUUCUUCAACAUCAACAUCCACACCUGGAACUUUAAGGAGACCUACCUCCACCUGAUGCACAACGACAAGGAGCAGGUGAUCCUGUACGCUCAGCCCAGCGAGAGGUCCAUCAUGCAGAGCCAGAGCGUCAUGAUGAAUCUGGCUCUGAACGACGAGGUCUGGGUUCGACUCUACAAGAGGGAGAGAGAGAACGCCGUUUACAGCGACGACGUGGAUGUUUACAUCACCUUCAAUGGAUACCUGGUGGAACCUAGCAUCCAGUGAAAGAGGAUUAUUUUUGUCAUGGAUACUGGUUCAUGCCAAGAAAGGAGAACUAAAGAGGACAUUACAAGUUUGGUGCUUAUUAAAAAUCCCUUUCAGCCUGGAGAGGAACAUACUGUGCUUUCUUAAACGAGGAUUGCCCAAAAACAUAUUAGAAUCAAAAGGAACAAUAAAAAAGAGACGGGUAGCGCAGCACGCAAUUAGGAAGAAUGUUGAAUUUGCACUCGAAAUACACUUUUGUACAAAGUAAAUCAUUUUUCUUACUUCUGUGCUGUGCUACGUCUCCUCUCCACUCCUUUCAGGGACUUUGUGUACAAACACAAGUUGUAUCAGGAAUCUUACAUCUGUGCAAUCAGUUAUGUGUCUGUGCUUUGAAUAGAGAUUAAAGUGUGUUCAGACAGACUGCUGUCAUACCGUUAACAUCAUGUUUCAGAAGAAACGCUAAGCUUUAAAAGGUUAGUUCACCCUAAUUGCAAAAAACGUUUUGUCCCACUUACCCCUCACGGUGCAAUCGAUUCACAAAUAUUAAACUGGUUAGGAAAUCAUCUAGGCUCUAAAGACUUUUCAAAUAUUUCUAUAUAUUUGGAACUUAGGUUUCUAUGAUUUUUCAUUUGUUCUUGGGUCAUUAAUUGAUAGUGCAGCAUGCUGCUGCUGAUGUUUGUAUUUUAUAGUUAAAAUGGUAGAUACAUUAAAUUGUUGUAUAGUCUUAAACAGGGUCUGAAAUGAGCACCCGCCAACCGCCAAAUGCUCGUAAAUUGUUGGCAGUGGCGGGUGAAAUCAUCAGGACAUCUGUCACUUUGGCAGGCCGAGAAAAUGUUAAUGGAAUAGAGAACAGUAGUUGUCCGCUUUCUUGGCAUCUCAUGCUUCCAUGACUAUCGAUCUCUCUUAUUGAUGCCCUCCGACAGUUAUGGUACGUGUCCACAGGAUCCGUCCUUUCCGCGCUUCCCAUUCAUUGUCUAUGUAAGCAGCCGUGCAAUGCAUUCUGGUAGCGUGGCGGAGCGAUUCGAGAGUCGGAGCGUCACGACGGCCGUUCCUCAUUUACAUUAAGUUUAGGGCUAGUCUACUUUGUGUAAAUCACAUUUCGGUGAACUAUUUUUCGUGAAAUAAGAGAAGAAAAUUUCCAAACCAGCCUCCAUGUUGUUUCCGGUUUGAAAGCUGGGAGCAGGUGUAAAAUUGUAUUCCUUCAUUUAGCGCAGAGAUUUCAAAAGUGGCAGAUAAAAUUUCUGAGUGGCAGACAAAAAAAAAACACUUGUCUGCCAUAGUGGCAGGAAGUGAAAAAAGGUAAUUUCAGACCCUCGUCUAAAACAAUCAUGUCAACUCCAGGUGCAUCCCAGGUGUGUAACAUCAGUGACUAAUGACGAGCCAGCUGCUGCCCCCCAUGUGCCAACAAUUCUGACUAAUCUACCAAAUUAAAAGACUUCACUAUAAAGAUAAGUGGAAUUCUGUUUGUGGUGCUCAAAAUAUUAUAAAUUACAUUUAAAAAGCUCAUCAGCAAUGUCUCUUUCCAGAAAGUGAUGUGGUUACUGUCAACAUGUUUCAUUGGGACUGUUUUCUUCGGAAGAAAUAGUCCCAAUGAAAACAGUCAAACCUCUAAAAGAAAUGAAUUAAAGUAAAAUGAGCUGCAUAGCUGUGCCAAGAGGGGGAAGUCAUAUUUCAUGUAAUUUUGGUGAACUGACCUUGUGAACACGAGUAUAUCCCAACAUAUCAAAAUGAAAAAUAAAGGUGCUUUAUUUCCAAAUGCAGGAAUGCAUUAGGGUUUUGACGACUAAAUAAUAUGAUGUAUUCUUAUAGAGACUCCAAACUGCAGAGCGGUUUAUGUAAAUAGCUGUAUAAUAGCUGUCUUUAUAGCCUGAAUCUGUGCUACCACUCAUGCUGUCGGGGCUGAACUGUGUAUGUGUGUGUCUUUGUAUUUGUAAACAGUAUUUCCUCCUUCACUAACCAAGUCUCUCUUUGUUCUGUAUCACUGAGCAACAAAAAGAAACUUGAUUAUGAAAAAUUAAACGUUUCCAGAAUGAAAAA